GUGUGUGUGUGUGUGUUUAGAUCUUCCACAAACCUUUGUUGGAUUGCGAGCUGCUGACAGAGAAGGAAGUGGCCAUGAUCUUCGUCAACUGGAAGGAGCUCAUCAUGUGCAACAUCAAACUGCUUAAGGCUCUGAGGGUGAGGAAGAAGAUGUCAGGUGAUCGGAUGCCGGUGAAGAUGAUUGGUGACAUCCUGACCAACCAGCUGCCUCACAUGCAGCCAUACAUCAGAUUCUGCUCGUGUCAGCUGAACGGAGCCACGCUGAUUCAGCAGAAAACUGACGACAGCCCUGAGAUCAAAGACUUCCUGAAGAGGUUAGCCAUGGAUCCCAGGUGUAAGGGGAUGCCUCUGUCCAGCUUCCUGCUCAAACCCAUGCAGAGAGUCACACGCUACCCGCUCAUUAUCAAGAACAUCUUAGAGAAUACUCCAGAGUCACAUCCAGACAACAGCCAUCUGAAAGCUGCUCUGGAGAAAGCAGAGGAGCUGUGCUCACAGGUGAAUGAGGGUGUCAGGGAGAAGGAGAACUCAGAUCGUCUGGAGUGGAUUCAGGCUCACGUCCAGUGUGAAGGCCUGUCUGAACAACUAGUGUUUAACUCCGUCACCAACUGUCUGGGUCCCCGGAAGUUCCUCCACAGCGGGAAGCUCUUUAAAGCCAAGAGCAGCAAGGAGCUCUACGGCUUCCUGUUCAAUGACUUCCUGCUGCUGACACAGGUGACCAAACCUCUGGGCUCGUCAGGCUCGGACAAAGUCUUCUCCUCGAAAACACACCUGCAGUACCGCAUGUACAAGACGCCAAUCUUCCUAAAUGAAGUGUUAGUGAAGCUGCCAACAGACCCGUCAGGAGACGAACCUCUGUUCCACAUCUCUCACAUAGACAGAGUUUACACACUCAGAGCUGAGAGUAUCAAUGAAAGGACGGCAUGGGUUCAGAAAAUUAAAGCAGCUUCAGAACUCUUCAUUGAGACAGAGAAGAAGAAGAGAGAGAAGGCCUAUUUAGUGCGUUCUCAGAGGGCUACAGGUAUCGGUAGGCUGAUGGUCAACAUCGUGGAGGGAAUUGAGCUGAAACCCUGUCGCUCCCAUGGAAAAAGUAACCCAUACUGUGAGGUAACCAUGGGUUCCCAGUGCCAUAUCACAAAAACAUUACAGUUUUGUAUUGGACCAAGUCUGCCGAUCCAUCAAUUGGCUGAUAAUCUUUCAGAAGAAAAAAAGGACACAUUGAAUCCAAAGUGGAACUCCAAUUGCCAGUUUUUUAUAAAGGACCUGGAACAGGACGUCCUCUGUGUCACUGUGUUCGAACGAGACCAGUUCUCACCUGACGACUUCCUGGGCAGGACAGAGAUCCGGUUGGCUGAAAUAAAGAAGGACCAGGGCUCUAAAGGACCAAUCACGAAGCGUUUGCUGCUCCACGAGGUUCCCACGGGAGAGAUCGUCGUCAGGCUCGACCUCCAGCUGUUUGAAGAACCAUAAAAAAA